CAUUUUCAUUUCGCAUUUCGCAGCGAACGGCGCAGCAGUCCAGAACAGAAUCGGGGAAUUAAAAGUCGGUUUAUACGAAUCGGUGAUUGUUAUUUUUUCGCCUGAUCCGCAAAAAAAUCAAAUGUCACUAAAAUGCAACUGCAGCUAAAAGUUAUCAAGUAGUGUGCGUGUGUGUCUGCGAGUGUGUGUGAGCUCUUUUUAUCGAUCACACGCUUCGCACUUCCCCCCCUUUCUCUCUCUCACCUAAGCCCCCUUCUCUCUCCAAUCGAAUUUCAAAGCUGAAAAUCGGAAAAUUAUACAAUUGCAUAUUCGCAAUUACGACGUAUACACGUACGUACAGCAGCACCCCCGAAAAAAGCUGAGGAAAUUCACAAAACGCAAAAUCAAAGUCAGACGGGGGUAAAAAGCAGAAAGAAAAAGCAAGGAGAAAACAUCUAAGAAAAUCUAAGGAAAACAAACAUUUUCUAGUGACCUCAGCUGCAGCUGCAAGUGCAAGUUAAAAAUAUACAAACAAAGCGGAAAUAACCGAAAAAUAAAAAGCACAAAGGCAAAAAAACCGCAAAGAAAACAGUAACGUUAAAGCUAAAACCAGCACAAAACAAAGUUAAGCUAAAACUGGAGCUGCAAUAAGUAUUUAUUUACGUGGCUAAAGGAAACUAUCAUCUAAUAUUUACUUAAAUACAGGCAGGCAGCCCACGCCUCUUUUAUCGCUUGUGAAUUUAUAAAUUUAUCAAACUAAAAACAAAAACAAAACCUCAAUAACAAUUGACACACGCACACCAAGGCAGCACACAACUGCAGUGGGAGAGCGAGGGAGAGCAGCAAAAAAGAAAAUAAAAUCAAAGAGAGUGCCAGAUAAACUUGGGCUCUCUUUUUGCUUCGGCAUUCGCACGCGGACAGCGACGCCAAGCGGACGUUCCUCCUCCUCCUUUCCGUUUUAGUCCGCUCCACAUUUUCAACUCCACCAAAACCGCGUGUGUGCUUGGGAAACCUUAACCCUUAUCGUACCACCACCCACCCGCCACCAUGGUGGAUAUAAACAGUUCAAAUCCUGGCAAUGCCGGCGGCGGCAAUUCCGCAUCAUCUGCCCGCUUGAGAAGAUUCGAGAGGACAGACAGCGAGCUGGCCUGCGAGGAGGCAGCCCGACUGACAGCCGAACAGAGUCCCGAGGACGAGGACAAUCAGGACAACGAGGAGGAGGACGAGGAUGAGGAGAGUGUGUACGGGGAACUUCCGCCUCCGCCGGACGGAGGAUACGGAUGGGUCAUCUGCUUCGCCAGCUUCAUGUGCAACAUGAUUGUGGACGGCAUUGCGUACACGUUCGGCAUCUUCCUGGAGGAGUUCGUGGCCUAUUUCCACGAGGGCAAGGGCACGGUGGCCUGGGUGGGCAGUCUCCUGUCCGGAGUUUACCUCAGUGCCGGACCCAUCGUCUCCGCCCUGGCCAACAAGUACGGAUGUCGAGCCGUCUGCAUAGCGGGGAGCAUCAUCGCCUGCAUAGCCUUCGUUUUGAGCACCUUCAGCAGCAACGUGAGCAUGCUGAUGGCCACCUAUGGUUUCAUGGGAGGAUUCGGCUUUGGCAUGAUCUAUCUGCCGGCUGUCGUGGCCGUGGGCUAUUACUUUGAAACGAAACGGAGUCUGGCCACGGGCAUCGCCGUGUGUGGUUCCGGCUUUGGCACCUUCGCCUUUGCCCCCCUGGCCACCUAUCUGCUGGAGGAGUACGGCUGGAAGAACGCCCUGCUCAUCUUUGCGGGCCUCAUCCUCAACUGCGCCAUUUUUGGCGCCAUGAUGCGACCCCUGACCUAUCCCAAGAAGAAGAAGCAGAAGCCCCUGAUGCAGCGCAUGUACGAGGAGAAGCAGUUGCAGCUGGAACGGGGAUCCUUUGCCGGUUCGCACUUCAUGGUGCAGCUUCCGGAUGGAACCAUGGAGCGCAAGCUAAAGAUGCCACUGAAUGCGGAUCCCGGCGUUCAUUCCAGCUUGAAUCUGGAGCUGCUGGCUCAACAAGCGGGCGGCGGCGGAGGACUGCAUCCCGUUUCCACCCUGCCCACCAUCACCGAAUCCAAAGUGGUUGAUGUUCAUCGUCAGAAUGGCGCACAGUCCCCGCCAAAUGGCGACAGCAAUGGCCAGUUAUCCGCUCGAUCCGCUCGUCGUCCGCAUCGCAAUUCCGAGUCGGAGAACAGCCCUUACCACUCGCAAGAUGCCAUGACACGGAAUGCCUCGCAGCCCGCCUUCCUGGCCGGCGAUCACCAGAGUCUGCCCAAAAACGGAUCCGUGCCUUCGUUCACGCGGGUGAGGAAAACCUCCGCCUCGGAGCGCUAUCAACCUUCGCUGGCCGCCAUUCGGGCUUCAUCUCGCGGCGACUUGGAGGCCGGAGCUGGCGGGGAUUUCGUCUCCUCCAAGCUGUCGCUAUCGCAAAGGCAGGGCAGUCAGUCGGGCAGCAGCGGCCGGAUGGUGCGACCCAUGUCCCGCAAGGAUAUCUUCUACUCGGGCUCCGUGACGAAUCUGCCGCAAUAUCAAUCGCAGAAAUCGCUAACCAACUACAGGAACUCAGUUUUGUCGCUGACCAAGUACGAGAAGAGCAUGCAGAGUGUGGCCAAACUGGAUCCCCUGGCGGAGGCCGAGAAGCACCGCGAGGAGUACGACCUGUGUCCCUGCCUGGGCAUUCCCGAUUCCGUGAAGUCCGUGGUGAACACUAUGCUGGAUGUGAGCCUGCUGAAGGACCCAGUCUUUAUGCUGAUUGGUGUAUCGAAUGUGUUCGGUAUGGCCGGUCUGUAUGUGCCCUUUGUCUACCUGGUGGAUGCGGCCAAGGAGCACAACAUACCCAAGAACGAUGCCGCCAUGCUGCUGUCCAUCAUUGGCAUCACCAACACAGUGGGCCGUGUGUUCUGCGGAUGGGUGGCGGAUCUGCCACAAGUGAACUCGCUGCUGCUCAACAAUUGCUGCCUUCUUGUGUCCACGAUAGCCGUCACUUUGACACCAUUGUGCUACAGCUAUGCGGCCUACAUCACCAUGUCCAUUUUCUUUGGACUGGCCAUCUCGGGAUACAUCUCGCUGACGUCAAUUAUCCUGGUCGAUCUGCUCGGCCUGGACAAGCUCACGAAUGCCUUCGGACUGCUGAUCCUGUUCAGAGGAUUUGCUGCGUUGAUCGGCACGCCCUUGGCGGGUGCCAUCUACGACAUGACGCACACCUACGACCUGCCUUUUUACAUGGCCGGUGCCCUGUUCGGGAUCUCCACGAUAACCAGCUUCCUGGCGCCCUGCCUGAAGAGAUGCAGCCCCGCCGAGGAGACGCCCGUGCAUGCGGAGACCCUCACGCCCAUCGACGAGGAGCAGGGCGAGGAUGCCGAGGACGAGGACGAGGAUCAGCCCAUCACCAUUGUGCCCAAGAUCAUCAAGACACUGGCGAGUCCGCAGCAGGAGGAGGGACAUCCGCAGUUCCCCCAGAAGACAAGCGAAUCGAAGCUCUAAACGGGUUGCGGAUGAUGAAUUUACGGGGGCAUUGCGGAGCGCUCAAGGGGAUCCGGUGAGAUAUUUUUCUAUUUACUUAUACAGCAGAGGAGGAGAAGGAGGAGGAGGAGGAGGAGAUCAGAGAUCAGAGAUCGAGCACACCUAUAUACAAAGAGAAGGAGGCGGAUGGAUAUAUAUAUAUAGCCAGCCCCAAACCAUAUAUAUAUAUAUAUAUACCUUUAAGCCUAGGCAACAGCGGAGGAGAUGGGAUGCGGAAAAUUCACUUUUCUACCAGGAGAACUCAGCUUAGCUUGCGAUAAGAUAUAGAAAAAACCUCUGGCUAUAUAUAAAUUAUACUACGCUCAUAAAAUACCGAUCGAAUACUGAUACCGAUCGUUGGUAGAUUGCAACUGUUAUACAGCAACCACAAAAUAUUGUAAAGUAACUUCUAUUAUUAUUAUUUGUUUGUUAAACCCUACGAUUACUAUGAUUAUCAUUAUGAUUACUAUUAAAGAUUAUUGUGUACUUCUACUACAUACAUAGUUGUUGGCCAGUCGUUAUAAAUGUGUCAUACCGUAGAGAUAUAGCGAUAUAUAGCGUGUGUGUAAACUGUAAAAUGUAGCUAAGUAGUGAAGUGGCCCGAUUAACUUAAAUGAGCGGAGCGCAGCAGCAGCAACUAUAUUUCAAAACUAAUAAAUUGUAUAUUUUUUAAGGAAGAAGAACGAGAAGAACGGAACGCUACACAAAAAAAAAUAACUCAAAAGCGAAAACACAAAUGAACCGCAUUAAGAGCUAAAAUUGUUUUCAAUUUUACACUAAUCAUUUAGGUGGCGCAACUCAAAAUACAAAUUUACGGCUCAUUUUUGUAAGUUACUAAACUAAAGUCCAGCAACAGAAAAACCAAGAGUAAAUGAAUUUUUAAGGCUUGUAUGUGUCUGUUUUUUAACUAUCCAAAUAAAUAGCCUAGUAGCUACGAACCAUAA